AUGGAGGACGAUUACUUUUCUAUCGACGCGAUUCUGGCUGAGAAUCAAAUCCAUAAGUCAGCAAUCGUUCAGAUUCCUUUGUGGCUUGUUUAUGCCGUCGUUCUAUCGGACUGGGCAGAUAUGAUCAUUCCCCCCGCGUUCAACGGGAAAGUCCGCAAUGCACUCAGAGCAGAACCUCGUAGUGUUCGGCUAUCGUCUUUGGUGGGAUCAGGUGGUCUAUGGUAUGGACUGGGGAAAGCAAUCAUGGAAUUGCUGGAUAAAAAGGAUGAACUGUCCGACUUGCUCACGAAUACGUUCAAUGUACGCUUAGUGGAGAUCGUCGACCAGGCGCAACACUUCGGAGCCCUGGCCCAAGCUGGGGGCACGGGUCCGGCUGGCGACGCCGCUCAACUAUUCCGAGAAGGACUAGAUGGAACGGAGCGUGAGCUAUUUGCUCUCGCUCAAGAAGGUGCCAAAAGAAUGAAGCGAUGGUACGAAGAAAACGACAAGAUCCGGUGUGUCCGACGACAUGGCUUCUACCAGAGGUCGUGUGGCUGUGCAGCCAAGCUGAUUCCCGGUUACGGUCACAUGAUGCAUGUUUGGAAACACGACUCAGUGGCGGCCAUGAUACCAGCACCCGCCCCCGCUCACAAGCGCUAUCCUCUCGCUCCUACCGACACCAAUGCCGCUGCGCCACAAUCCCCACCCCUUCCUCGCCAGAACAGCAAGACAACACCUCCCUCUCCGCCCAGGGUCAUCGCCGACAAGCUAGGCAAACAUCAGUUCCAGCGUGUCGGAUUUCUGGGAGAGGGUGGCUUUGCACGAGUUUACGAAGUCAUGGACUCCCAAAACAAGCGCUUUGCAUGCAAGGUUGUUACUAUGAGUUCCCUCAAGACCAAGAAAGCGAAAACGAAACUCUAUGCGGAAAUUAAGAUUCACCGUUCACUCUCACAUCCCAAUAUCGUCCACUUCAUCGACUGCUUCGAGGGUGAUGACAAUGUAUACAUGACCAUGGAACUUUGUCCAUCUGGUUCCCUCAUGGAUCUUCUCCGCCGGCGAAAGCGAUUCACCGAGCCUGAAGCCCGUUUUUUUAUGGUUCAGCUCAUCGGCGCUUGCCACUACAUGCACAACCAGUCCGUCAUUCACCGCGACCUAAAACUCGGCAACCUCUUCCUCGACAGUCACAUGAACAUCAAAGUCGGAGAUUUUGGGUUGGCUGCCCUCAUCGAAAGUCCCGGCGAGCGCAAGAAGACUAUUUGCGGCACGCCCAACUAUAUUGCUCCGGAGGUCCUAUUUGAUACCGCCAGCGGUCACAGCUUCGAGGUCGAUACGUGGAGUAUCGGUGUUAUUCUGUACACACUGGUCGUGGGUCGGCCGCCAUUCCAGACCAAAGACGUCAAAGCCAUCUAUCAACGCAUUCGGAACAACGAUUAUGCCUUCCCAUCGCCUCCGCCCGCCAGCCCAUCGGUCCCCAGUCGUAACCUGAUCGGCGACAUCCUGACCCCCGAUCCACAGAUGCGACCGACGCUGUUGUCCAUCGUAGCUCACGAAUGGUUCACGAUGGGUCCCGUUCCCCAUUACAUCCCGACCAGUGCACACGACAGCCCUCCCGAAUGGGGCAAUAUCUCGAAAGAGCGCAGCGACUACAACCUGGCAAAACUGAAAAAAUAUGCCGGCCUCGACGGUCAAGAAGAAGCCGCGACAACGAAUGUCGAACCCAAGACGGCGGCGUCAACCAUCGCUCGUCAAGAAUACGAGUUCCAGAAAGCGGUGCAGCCUGGUUCACCAAUCUCUGCCCUGCUGAGCUCUGCGCGGCAACCCCUCGUUCGCGGUGUCGGAGCCAGUCCUCUUGGGCCCUCGCACCAAACACGUCCUCCUAUUCCAGGCUACUCGUCCAACAGCACCAACGGCGCGCGGCCGGCGGGGGACGGAUUGUAUCGGAAACUGCAGGCGGCUGGGGCCAAGUCUCCUUUACGCACAGCAACCAGCUCUCGGCGAGGCUUGGGUAAUAUCGUCGAGGAAGAUUUAGCCGGAUCGGAUGCCGCCAAGCUAAAGGAGAAGCGCAAGGGCAAGAACGAGACCGAACUCGAGAGUCAGAAGGCUCGGAUUGUUGUGCAAAUGGCCCCCUCAGAGGAAAAGGUCGAAACGCGUGCCAAACCGGUAGAGCAGACUUUUAAAGCGAGUGUGCGCACUGUCACGAAGGAGCAACAAGAGAACAUGGCACCCUUCGCAGUUGCGAAGAAGCCUCGAGUGGUCUCCGAUUUUGUUGCUCCCACUUUGCCUGUCAAGAGAGACGCGGUCUCUCCAUUUAUCGCCACGUUCGAGACCUUGACGACUGCUUUUGCCUCUUAUUCUCGGGCCCGGUCAUUCCCAACUCAGCCUGGCGAGGACAGCUUGCAGGACGAACGUGUCUUCAUCGUCUCAUGGGUUGAUUACUGCAACAAGUAUGGGAUGGGCUACGCUUUGACAGACAAAAGUGUCGGGGUACACUUUAACGAUAGCACGAGCCUGGUUCUCAGUGCAGAUAAGAUGCACUUUGACUAUAUCACGCCAUCCCCUGAAGCUGCUGGAACGUCUGCUCUGGCUGCCCCAAUCGCACAGACCGAGUCUUUCACCGUAGACUCGUAUCCGACGUCCCUCAAGUCCAAAGUAUAUCUCCUCAAGCACUUCGAAGGAUACAUCAUGGAUCGCCUUUACGCCGAGUAUCCUUACACAUAUUCAGACACGAACAAGAAAACGGGCAUGUCCUGGGUCAUCAAAUACCUGCGCAUGAAGCAUGUGAUUGUCUUUUUGAUGAGCCAUGGUGCGCUCCAAUUCAACUUUUACGACCACUCGAAAGUAGUCCUCUCCUCGAAUGGACUGCUGGUGACACACAUCGACAAGAAUUAUGAGAUGACCAAAUGGACGCUCCGCCAAGUUAUGCGGUACGGAUUGAGCGGGAACGCCGGUCUCGAUAAGGACAAGGCAAAACUGCUUACGAAGCUUAUUGACAAGCUGAAGUACUGCAAGGAGGUUUUGGCCAGCAUACAGGCUGCCAGUGGAGGGAAAGAGCUUAAGGAGGGGGAAGAUGAAUAUCAGUUGACCACUGAAACCGUCGAGCGCAAGAGCUCCAAGACCUUCGCCAACGACGAGGGUGACGAUCCAUCGCGUGUCGGUGCCGCCUCAGACCCUCUGCUUGGCGAAGACCUGGACACGAUGGUCAGCUUCUGGGACUGCGGGCCGGGUUUUGCGAAGGAGUCGCAGCGCGCAGCAUCCCGUGCGCAGAACGCGCGCUCGGAACGCAGCGUUCUGACUGCCAUUCGCCAAAUCGGCACAUGGUGCGACCAGUUCUCGCCCCCCAAAACCAUCAGCGAUAUCGCGAAACAGCUUUACAAGAGCGCUGACGAUGAGAAGCUGCUGCGUAAUAAGCCUGCCGACGCCGUGAUAUGCGAGUUGACAAAGGCGUCGAAGAAAUUGCUCGGGCAGUGCUGCAAUGCUAUCCAGAAGACGCUGGACUUGAACAAUGGUUCAUCGACGUCAACCACCCAGGCUGGUGCUGAGGCGCUGUUGGCUCGAUAUCGCAACCACCUAGACCUGCCGCCGAACGUGCAGUCGAUCUGUGAGGAGAUUAUCAUGAGGGCCCGCAAGUUUGGUAUUGCAGAAGGCCGGACUCCGUUGUCGAUCGCUGGUGGUGCGAUCUACUUCACGUGCAAUCUCACGGGCAAGUCGAUCCGCGACAUUGCUGAGGUGACCAAAGCCGGCGAGCAUACAAUAAAACUGGUAUAUCGGCUAUAUUGGUCGUAUCGAACGAAGUUGGUGAGAAAAGAGUGGAUCGACGAAGGGAGGGUGGAUUUGAAUGGCCUUCCGGACGACUCGACAUAG